CGACUUCAAGGCUCAAGGAUCACGGCACUCCAGUCACAGAAGAGUCAUUGUCUACAGAUAAAACUUUGACGCCAAGUACCACUAGUCUCCCUAACUAGACGCUACCUCCUUCUCGUAUACAUUCCCCUCCUUUGCUUUACUAUUGUGGUUCAUAUUCUUGCGAUACUAUCAUUCUAUUCCCCAACUGGGACAAGUUUGAGCAUAAAUGUUGAACGGAUUGUCUCUUCACUCAAACAAUGACUGUGCAGAUAACCCGAGCCACAUGACCGUUAUGGACCGUUCACCCUGCUUACCAACCGCCUUUCGCUUUGUCUACAGAGUCCCAGAGCCGCUCAGGUUGUGGCGCUACCAGCACACCUCCCCUCCCUAUACAACUCAGCCCAAGGUCAGAUCACCUCAUAGUUCCCAUCAACGCCCUUCUUCAGAGCGGUCAAAUAAACAACCUUUUUCUUCUUUUUCACUGUCAUCAUGGGCGCGUUUGAGAAAUGCUAGAAGUAUAGACUGGCUAGUUGUUUAUCGUCAUGGGUUUUCCCAGGGAACUAGCCCCACUACAUCAACAGGCGACAGCACACAUUGCACAAACCCACAGCCCAUAGGAGAUCUGUCAGAUGCGUUCGCUGAAGGCUUUGGUGGUGGUUGCAGCGCGAGCCCCUCCUCGACCAUGAAGUUGUCCUUGCAGACUGGUCAGCCUACAGAAAUAGUCCAUAAGGAUGCCGAAGAAAGUGACAGAUUCAUACGCCUUGGCUUCCUAAUGACCGAAGACCUUCAGAAAAAGCCCAUUUUAAUCGCAAUGGACACAAUGGCUGAAGUCAGUAUCAUGCGCAAGGGCAUCUUCGACAAGUUAGGCCUGCCACUGCACCGUUUCUCGAUGACCAUAGUUCCGUUGCAGACGAGAUCUGCCCAGACAACAAUCCGACCACUCGGCCUUGUCCGUCAUGUUGACUGGCACUUUGCUCGUGCGCCUCAGACAUACACGACAGACUUCCUCGUUGUGGACACGGACCAAUAUGAUAUCCUCAUCGGUGAACGGGAAAUCAAGAGGUACCAUCUUCUACAUCUGGGUGCGGAUAUCCCCAAUGUGGUCGUACGACAUUUGUCAAAGCAUGGCUAAGGGCUUAAAAUCCUGUUUUCUUUACCUCGUUAUUGGGAACCUUCAACACUCGUUUGCAUUCAGAUGGUUUGGAUAUGUCGUGUUUUCUAUAUUUAUGGGGAGGCUACGUGCGACACAAGCUUGCUCUAAGAGUUAACUAUUGGCUUGUUUUGACGGGACGAAGUAACAAGGCAUGGAUUUUCUAGCG